AUGCGUCGCUUUGAUUCUUGCCCUGCCCUGCUGCUAGUUGCCGUAUUCUUGCUCACGCCCGCCACUUGGGCCGAGGAGGUCAACGACUCUGAAUAUCAACGCAACUGGCCGCACUGGCGUGGCCCACAGGCCAACGGAGUCGCCCCGCUUGCCGAUCCGCCGGUCGAGUGGAGCGAGGACAAGAAUAUCAAGUGGAAGGUCGAAUUGCCUGGGCGGGGAACAUCAUCGCCCAUCAUCUGGAACGACAAGGUUUUCGUUCUCACGGCAAUCAAGACCGACCGAGAAGGCGAACCACCCGCGACACCCGAUACGAGGGGACCGGAAGAUCAUCCCCAGUUCAACCCGUUCAAGAUUGAACCGCCUUCGCACUUUCACCAGUUCGUGGUGAUGUGCCUCGACCGAGAGACAGGCGAGGUACUUUGGAAAGACUUGGCCCGUGAAGCGGUGCCGCACGAAGGUUUCCACAAUGAUCAUGGGUACGCUUCCGGUUCGCCUACCACCGAUGGCCGCUACCUGUAUGCCUCAUUCGGUUCUCACGGUGUUUACUGCUACGACCUGGAAGGGAAUCGCCAGUGGGAGCAGGACCUGGGCGACAUGCGCACCCGCUUCAGCUUUGGUGAGGCCAGCACCCCGGUACUGCACGACGACACGCUGAUCAUCAUUUGGGAUCAGGAAGAACAAUCGAAGAUCUUCGCGCUCGAUGCGGCCACGGGGGAAACUCGCUGGGAGAAAGAUCGCGACGAACCCAGCAAUUGGUCGACCCCGCUGAUUGUCGAACACGAUGGUACCUGGCAAGUCAUCACCAACGGUACGAAUCGCGUUCGCAGCUACGACCUAAGCUCGGGCGAGCUGCUGUGGGAGUGUGGCGGACAAACGCAGAACGCUAUUCCCUCGCCGGUCAGUACCCAAGGGCUGGUGUUCUGCAUGAGCAAUCGUGGAGGCAACGCCGUAGUGGCAAUGCCGCUGGAUGCCAAGGGUGACAUUACCGAGACCGAGCAUGUCGCCUGGAGCCGCGAUAAGGGAGCCCCCUAUGUUCCCUCGCCCUUGCUGUACGGCGACCGGCUUUACAUGACCUCUUCGAAUCGGGCAAUCUUGUCCUGCCUCGAUGCAGCGACCGGUGAACCACUAAUGGACCAAACUCGCUUACAAGAUGUGCGAGCAUUUUAUGCUUCGCCUGUGGGGGCAGCCGACCGACUUUAUUUGAUGGGCCGUGAGGGAACUUGCCUGGUGCUGAAGAACUCCCCCGAGCUUGAAGUACUGUCCACCAAUGAGCUAGACGACCCCAUCGACGCCACCCCCGCGGUGGCCGGCCGUCAACUCUUUCUCCGUUCCGCAGAUCACUUGUACUGCAUCGAAGGGGCUAUCGACUCUCGGAACAUCGAUUGGAGGCUACCUUCUCACGAUCCGUUCGUGGGUUCGGCCGCCGUGGCUGCACAUGCUUGCAAUGACUCGGCAUGCGAACCGUUCCCGUUCUUUUCUAACCUCAUUCGAGGAAGAGCUAUUCGGAACAAGUGGGAGGCAACUAUGAAAAGGCACGGGACAUUACGCGCAGAGAAACUGGAGAACCGAGAACUUCUGGCCGCGAACUUCGGCAGCGAUAUGGCCGAACAAAUGGCUGCGUUCCAGGCGCAGUUGCAAGCAUUUCAGGCGCAAAUGCGGCAAGUACAGUUCGAGGCGCCGCGACACCAAAGUCCAACCCAGUCGGCCAGCAUCGACGGUUCGGGUAACAAUCUUGCCAACCCCUUAUGGGGUAGCACCGACGAGAUGCUGCUGCGACUGACAACGGUGGAAUACGGCGACGGUGUUUACACCCCCGGGGGCGCAGAUCGUCCGAGCGCUCGCGAGGUGAGCAACGCGGUGGUCGCACAAGAGACCACCGAACCCAACGAUCGGUAUCUCACCGACCUGGUUUGGCUGUGGGGUCAAUUUAUCGAUCACGACUUGAGCCUCACCGAAUCGGCCGACCCGACAGAAUCUUUUUCGGUUGAGGUUCCUCAGGGCGACCCCUGGUUCGACCCGAUGGGUACCGGAACCCAAACGAUCACCUUGUCGCGUUCGAUCUAUGACUCGGAAACCGGCUACUCGACCGACAAUCCGCGACAGCAAAUCAACCAGAUCACCGCUUUCCUCGACGGAUCGAUGGUCUACGGUUCCGAUCAGGAACGGGCCGAUGCCCUGCGAACCUUCUCGGGCGGAAGGCUGAAAACCAGCGAAGGCGAUCUUCUCCCGUUUAACGAAGCGGGGCUCCACAACGCCGGAGGCAAUAGUGCCUCUUUGUUCCUGGCCGGCGACGUGCGUGCGAAUGAAAACGCGGCCCUGACUUCAAUGCAUACGUUGUUCGUCCGCGAGCACAACCGGCUGGCCGACGAACUGGCGGCCGCGCACCCAGAGCUUUCGGACGAGCAGCUCUAUCAACAUGCUCGCGCAAUUGUGAUCGCCGAAAUUCAGGCCAUCACCUACAACGAAUUCCUGCCGGCACUGGCAGGCGAGAAUGCUCUGAGCGAUUACAAGGGCUACGAUCCUACGGUCAACCCUCAGAUCAGCACCCUGUUCUCCACCGCAUCGUAUCGGUUUGGUCACAGCAUGCUCUCCUCUGAGUUACUGCGGCUGAACAACGACGGCACGGUGAUCGACGACGGCAACCUGUCGCUGGCCUCCGCGUUCUUUGCUCCUCAGGAAGUGAUCGAUCACGGCAUCGAUUCGUUGCUGCUGGGGCUCUCGUCGCACCUGGCCAACGAAAUCGAUAACCAGAUCGUUGAUGAUGUCCGCAACUUCCUGUUCGGCCCUCCAGGCGCCGGCGGUUUCGACCUGGCUUCGCUGAACAUCCAGCGGGGACGCGACCACGGGCUGGCCGACUACAACCAGACCCGCAUCGAUUUGGGUCUCGACCCGGUGACUAGCUUCUCGGACAUCACAUCCGAUCCGGUGCUGGCCGCCAAGCUUGAAGCUCUAUACGGCGAUGUGAACAACAUCGAUGUUUGGGUUGGUGCCCUGGCCGAAGACCAUGUGCCUGGUUCGAGCCUGGGUGAGUUGAAUCAGGCCGUGAUUGUCGAUCAGUUCCAGCGGCUUCGCGACGGUGAUCGCUACUGGUACCAGAAUGUGUUCUCCGGAACCACGCUGAAAAACCUGGAAAACACCACGCUGUCGCUCAUCAUCGAGCGGAACACCGACAUCACGGGUCUGCGUGACAACGUGUUCUACGACGAUUCGGUGAUGUACUUCGAGGUGGCCGAUAAACGCUUUGGCGCCAAUAUCGAGGUCGUCUCCGACGGAAACACGAUCGACAUCGUGGACAUGAACACCCGCAGGGUGCUCGAGAGUCGCGCGGUGGACGAAGUUUCCAAGUUGAUGCUUGUGGGUGCCGAGGGCAAAGCGGAUCGUUUUUCGAUCGAUCUUGCCAAGGGUGGUGUAUCUCUGGAAGGCGGCGUUGAAGUUCACGGACGUUCUGGCAGCGAUACGAUGAUCGUGCAUGGCACAUGGAACCCUGACACAAUCUCCGUCGAGGGCGACUCGGUUUGGGUCAACGACGAACAAAUGACCUACACCGACAUUGAAGUCCUACACGUUAAGCCAGGCCGGGGCAUGGACGAUGUUCAAGUGGCCGACGCCACAGACGCGCGGGUAAUGGUCAUCGAUCACGAUCGCGUGGCAGACAACCCGCAACCCCACCCGACGCCUGACAAUCCUUUCCCGGAUAAGCCGUUCCCAGACAACCCCUUCCCGAAGGAUCCUUUCCCGUCCAAUCCAAGUGGUGGGCAGCACUCAUCGGGCUACCAGCUGCCGGGGGUUGCUCUGAUGGGAGAAGCUCUAGGGAUGAAGGCUUCGGCCACCAGUGUCGGAUCGCAGAGUGCCAAGCAAGGUGAUGCGGGGCAAAGCACUGCUGCGGCACAGGUACCGCAGGCGGUCGUGCCUUCGGCCGGCGGUGGUCAACAGGCGGGAGACGCGGCUGCGGGAAUGUUCGCUUCCCAGUCGAUCGUUACUCCGCAGGCCCCGCAAAAAACUCCGCAAGGCAACGCACUGGGACAACCAUCGGCGAACCAAGCGUUGCUCUCGCAGAUGAUGGGCGGUGCACAGCAGAGUUCUGCUGCUCUAUCAGCUCGCGACAUGCUGUUCGCGAAGUUCAUGUUCUAA